UCAGUUUUUAUUAAGUUCGAUAUCGUCUGAACCGCUUUGAAUUACUUUAUUAGUGGUGUUACUAAUGUGUUAAAGUUUAACGAAGUUCAUAGUGAAUUUUAAUGUUAUUUUGGGUUGAAAGUUAUUACGAAUAUUGUGGAAGAAUACUUCAUUACCUGAUUGCUUGCAGGUGAAAGUGCCGAUGCUCGUGCCAAAUGACCAGUGGCGACGGCUAAUAAAUUAAACCAAGAAUUUUGAGGACACCAUGGAUUAGUGCGGGGCGUGACACGUAUUCGGCAAAAUAUCGUAAACAAAACAAACGGAUUUUAAGUAACAGUGUUACCGUAAACACGAAUAACAAUUAAACAUGGCCCUAACAAUGGAGAAGAAAAAUGAUCUUGACUUCAUUAUGAAGAACUUGUUGGCUGGAGGUGUUGCGGGUAUGUGUGCCAAAACAACUGUAGCACCUCUAGACCGCAUCAAGAUCCUGCUGCAAGCGCAGUCCAUCCACUACAAGCACCACGGAGUCAUCGGAGGCCUGGUGGCGAUUGUCAAGCAGGAGUCGUUACUGGCACUCUACAAGGGCAAUGGAGCUCAAAUGGUCCGGAUAUUCCCGUAUGCUGCUACACAGUUUACGAGCUUCGAGAUUUAUAAGAAGUACCUAAGUGGCCUAAGCAUUCCGAUGAUCCAGCACGGUGACAAAUUCGUGGCGGGCGCGGGCGCCGGCGUGACCGCCGUCACGCUCACCUACCCCCUCGACACGAUACGAGCCAGGCUCGCCUUCCAAGUGACGGGCGAGCACCGCUACACGGGCAUCGCGCACGCCGCCACCACCAUGCUGCGCACGGAGGGCGGUAUCCGCGCGCUAUACCGCGGCUUCGUGCCGACGCUGUGCGGGAUGGUCCCUUACGCCGGCUUCAGUUUCUACUGUUUCGAGUCGCUCAAGUUCUUCUGCAUGAAGUAUCUGCCCACGUCGCUGUGCCGCAAGUGUGAGAGGAACACUGGCGGCCUGGUACUAACAGUGCCCGGCAAGCUGCUCUGCGGCGGGCUGGCCGGCGCGGUGGCGCAGAGCGUGUCGUACCCGCUCGACGUGACGCGGCGACGCAUGCAGCUGGCCUGCAUGGACCCGGCCACUGCGCAGUUUGGAAGCACCGGCAUGGUCCGAACUCUGACGCUGAUCUACCGCGAGAAUGGCAUCUCGAAGGGGCUGUACCGCGGGAUGAGCGUCAACUACAUCCGCGCCAUACCCAUGGUCGCCACCUCCUUCUCCACUUAUGAGCUGAUGAAGCAGCUGCUCCAACUCGAUACUGGCAUGAAGGUCGCGUAACGGUGAGUUAGAAACAAACUGAGGAGCGACCAUGGUUCGUAAAUGGCAUUGCGGAUGAGCAAUUAUAGACAGUCAAGAAAAUCUUGUCACUAAAACGAGCGGCAAAUUUGUAAAAUGUAGGGGCGAAGGUUUAUUAUAGUUUAAUAGAAAAUUUGAAUUUUAAAUUUCGCUCCUUUCUUUAGUGACAAGAUUUGAUUGACCCAAUAUACCUACGUUCUCGCUCAUACCCAUGGUCGCUAAGUCGCUAUCUCAACGUGUCUGGAUCGAUCAGCGGCCGCGGUACAUCCGACACAAAUGCAGCACGCCGCUCAAAUCACAUCGCAUUAGAUGCUCGACGCUACACUGCCCGCUCGUCGCUUGCACUGACGCCCCAUCUACUAGGUGGAGAAAAUGUGAACUCUUCUGCGACAUAUUAUUUGACAGAUGUCAGAUAAUUUGUUCCAUUACCCGCUAGAGCGGCGCCACUGUCAAGCGUGAAAUAACCGGAGACAACCUCUAAUGUUUCUGUUCGUUAAUUUUUCAUUUUGAUCUGGCACUCGUAAGAAAGUUUUCAUGCUCGCUUUCCUAUUUUUCUUUGACUUUUACCUUUUCGAGACCAAUGAUGUGAUGUAGGUACCUAUAUAUCCGUCAGACCACAAGGUUUCAAUUUCAGUUGUAACAUGGCGUCGAAGAGGCGAAAAAAGUUAAAUUGUCAUGCCUUCUGAAGAAUUAUCAAUAGAAAUAUCAGUGGGUUUGUCAUUUUGUAAGAUUGAGACUGAACCAGCAAAAUAUUGUUAAAAUAUAGGCUAAGAUUAGCAUUUCUGUUUAAUCUAGCCUAUACAUACUAAACUUAGCAUAAAAUUAAAGAAAACAAGGGUUAAGAAAGUUUUGUAAAGUACAGACAUUACUUACUUAGGCUAAGCAAAAGACGUCAAUUCGACUUAAAAUGUUUCUGCUUAUAU